CAUCCUGAUGUUUAUUUCCUCUUUAGAAUUUAGAAAAAAAUAAAAAAUGGGAGUUGUGUAGUAAAAAAGUCAACUAAAAAAAACAGUCUAAACUUAGCUAACAGGAAGGGGUUGUUUUAGGGCUACAAUAAAGACCAACCCGGGCCCAGGAACAGCUGUCCUUUAAACCCGUGACUCCGCCCAAAUCCACCCGCGUGAUACAACACACGUAACACAUCAGUGCGAUGCUAGACCCAUCUGUACCCCCAGUGUGACCCAUCUGUACCCCCAGUGUAGCGCACUCAUAACGCCAUAGUAUCCCAGCACCAACACUACUCCCAUAGCCUGGACAGUCCCCUGAUUCUAACCUUCCAAAUAUAUACCAAAACUCAUAGCCUGGACAAUCCUCUGGUCCAAACCUUCCAAAUUAAAACCAAAACUUAAAAUAUUUCUUCAAAGACACGGCCAAUUCCUUGUGAGACACGAUGAAAGCCUCAGGGGCGAAAUACUACGGGGAUAACCGUGAUGAGAUACAGAAGAGGAUAUGCAAGCUACGCCGGGAUAUCUACUCCCAGGCGCUCAGGGAUUCCAAGUUCCCGCCCAGCGCCCGAACUAGCCCUCGGCCCGUUGUUAAACGGCGCAGUAAAACAGCCAGCCCGACGCGAACCCCCAAGUUGAUGAGGCGGUUCUCUAACGAGAAUGUAUACAUCGGAGAUAGUGAUAACCAAAUGGAGUCUAACGCGGAUCCCGGUAUUAACAAGAAACUAUCCAUCAUAUCCAAGUUGGGGAUCAUCUCCGCGAAGAAAGGGAUGGAGUUCGCAUCCGCUUAUGAUAGUAUCCAAUGGAUGCGCGAGAAACGCCGGAAGUUGAGCCUGUCCUCCGCCCACCUCCCCGCCCGGCUGCAACAAAUUCAACCUGCUCCCGCAGCCGGGAAAACACACGCGCAACAUGAAAAUCAUGGCCGUGUUGAAUAAAUUUCACCAGGAUAUCCUAAACGGAAAGCGGAAAAACGUCUCCAGCGAAUGCAAUUUCGGGUCCCGUUCAGACAAGGUUUCGACGACGGCGUUCAUAUCACAAGAAGAUUUAUCGCCCUUGAGUCUGCGGAAACAACCCACAAGAAGGAGGUUGUUCAAACUAAAAAUGGGAAGCCGGCACCCGUUAUACACCCACCAAAGGAUAAACUGCGAGCUGCUCUCUAAAGGCAUGCGUCUAGACCAAGUCUGCAGUAAAAUCGAACCCGACGACAUCACGCGAAACAACGAUACCCUCUUCCACAUUGUCGACACCCCGCACUACGACAAAUACGUCAAAAACAAAGAGCUGUCCCAAAGCCUGGAAACCCACAAAGCGGAAAAGCCGCCUAAAAAAACAUGGCUGGAGAAACUGAUUGAUGCCAGGAAGAACAAGGAAGUCGGCACCAACACGGAGUUACAGUGGAGCCCGACGACUUUCGCCAGCAGCCUCGAGGAAACCGGAAACAUGCCCAUUUUUUUCAAAUUCCAACCCAGCAAAAAACUUUUCAGGAAACCGUUUGCGAUAUCCUUCUCGUACCAGCUUCUCGUAAAUUGCCUGUUAGGGGAAAAGUUUAUUAUAGAAACCAAUCUCUAAUCUUGAGAGGUUUACAAAACUUAUUUUAGAAAGCAUACAAGUAAUUUGUAAUAAAGUUGUUACAUCUUCAUACGCCUAUAAAAUAUACCACAAUACUCAUACCGAAAAUGUUACUAUAUUUAAUGUUUUUUUAAACCUAUGCUAGUAUUCUAUUAAUAACAGAAAGUUGGAAGCCGUAUUGGAUAUAUAUAUAUAU